AAUUGUGUUAUCUGCCAUGGGCAAUCGUUAAACAUUUCUGAAAGUUUUCGCUGGGACACCCUCUAUAUAUGCGCCAUACCAAACCGAAAGUGGUGAAAGAAGGUUUCCACACUUCGCCGUAACUUCCCAUAUACACGUAAUCACAGCCAGGCCAGAAGAGGCCUCUGAAGAGGCUUCUUCUGACCUCUUCAUCGGACCGUGCCGCAAAUUAUCUCCUCGGAGAGAGUUUUCGUAGCAUAUUUCUAACAUCGUGAAUGAACAACGGAAUGUUGCACCACUUGCAAGCUUGUUUACAAUGCUCAAACCUGGUUGGGCACACUGUAUUGUUGUGUGCUACGCUCUUCUUUUAGUCAACGCGCACGAUUUAUGAGGCAUGCUCAAAGCAAACGCUCAACUUUGAUAAGGAGAGAAGGCCGACCCAAGCGAGUAAUAUCAUCCGCGUUGCAUAAUCGGCUGUUAUCUGCUAUGUAAGAAAAAGCGCGUGGCCUAUCAUGUUUUUUUUUUUUUUGCAUAAGCAUGCGCUUCGCCUAGCUGCAUUCCUGCUCAAAUGCGGCUGUGAGCGCUGCAGCCAAGGCGUUUUGUUUAUACCCUCCUCCAGGCGCGCGCGUAGUUUUGACAGGCGAUAAGUCAUCGCUUCUCCGCUAUGCGUAGAAUGAUAGGGAGCACGCACGUACGCUUUUGGACGUGCUGACUGCCAGAGAUUUUUCGACGACUGGCACCAUAAACGCCCGUGACGUCACAACUUCGCAGACUGACCGGAGCAGCGAGACGCAAGCGGAACAGCGGAUCAUGCUGACCGAGACUUCGCGGCUGCGGGCUAUCCUCGUUGCUCUGCUGACGACUCCUCACCUCGUGAGCGGCUCCGGCCAGAGGCCUGUGUACAACAUCUACCACAUGGUGAACGCCAUCUGGCAAGUGGACGAGGGCAUGCAGCUGGAAGCCAACGCCAUCGAAUCGGACGUCACUUUCGACAAUAACGGCACCGCAACCUGGUUUUUCCACGGAGUGCCGUGCGACUGCUUCAGGUGGUGUGAGCGUUACGAGCAAGUGCCUGCUUUUCUGCGGUACCUCCGGCGAACAACAGACGGGGGCAUAUAUGAAAAACGCCUCGCCCUGCUAGUUUUGGACCUCAAGACUGGCAGUCUUUAUCCGGACAAGAAGUACGUGGCAGGCGUCGACAUUGCGAAAAAGCUCCUGCAUCAUCUGUGGCUUGGAGUCCCUGUCACGAAGGCGUUGAACGUCCUGCUGGCAGUACCCAGCGUCGACGAUGCAGAAGUGUUCCGGGGAGCGGUACUUACCAUCCAUCGCCAAAGGCCCGAAAUGAUCGACAAGAUAGGAUUCGACAUCACCAACAACGAGGACCUGAACACUAUUGAGAAGAUGUAUCGGCAGCUCGGCAUACGAGGUCACCGGUGGCAAGGAGACGGUGUCAGCAACUGCGUCUCUUUCUUUCGACCUGCCCACAGGAUGAACAGCAUCGUCACAAACCGCGACGCGGGAGAAUCGAGCUUCGUCGAGAAAGCUUACCAGUGGACCAUCGAUAUUCCGCAGCAGCUCCGACUGUCGCUCAGGAGAAACGUGGACGGUAUAAUCACAAAUAGACCGGACCUCUUGGCAAGUGUUCUCAAGGAGAACGAAUUUCGAAGCAGGAUGCGACCCGCCAACGUCUCCGACAACCCAUGGACUCGUUUCGGAUGUCGCCACAACUGCGAAAGCAAGCCCUUCAUUUCAAUGGACGUUGUCAGUGAGGGCGGAAUCGCAAGGGCUGCCAGACCUGCUUAACUCAAACAGCGAGGAUGCCUAUAGGAUGAAUGGAUAGUCAUGAGUUCGAUGGAAGCUCGUCUGCUCAGGUAGCGUGUUAGUUUAAUGAAAAAUUACGGUCCCUGACAAAGUCAACAAUGAAAAGUUUGACGUUUCGGAACCUACGCCUGAUGGAUUGAGAACAAGCAACCCGCUGAAACGUCGAACUUUUUAUUUUUCACUUGCUCAGUGACCGUAACUUUUCAUUAAUACAGAACGAGUGGGUGUCCCAAGCAGUGUCGCCCACGGAUUACCUGCGCGGCGUUGCCAGCAUAGAAAACAACCGAGCGUGCAGCCAUGCUGUCCAGGAGAGCCUUCAGGGGCUCGACAAGUGUUCAUCGCAUGUAAGCCCACAAAAUCUUCAAGCCAGAGCACUUGUACUGACCACUAAGAUAAAGUGACAAGUAAAAUUAAGCAACCAA